UUGACACACCUGAGACAGCCCGGUCAAAGGUUUCUUAUUCUGCCUCACUGAGACGAGACGCACUGAAGGACGAAGGACUUAUUCACCCUUAUAGUAUAAUCAGACAGCUGCAGGAGGAAAUACUGGGAAUACGAGGAUACUGAGAAUACCUACGCUUCAACCUAAAACUGAAUCCACAAACUUUAAUUGAAAGGGAGUGACUGAUGCUGUUCGUCUGCUUUGCUUCAGCUUGACUCUCAGCUAAAUGGCGUCCAAGUUGGAGGAAUCUCUGUGCUGUCCGGUCUGCCAUGACAUCUAUAAAAAUCCAGUCAUUCUGUCCUGCAGCCACAGCUUCUGUAAAGACUGUCUGCAGAGCUGGUGGAAGGAGAGGGAAAAUCAGGAGUGUCCAGUUUGUAGGAGAAGGCAUUCAAAGGCAUUACCUAUCAACUUGGUUUUAAAGAAUCUGUGUGAGAUUUUUAUGCAGGAGAGAGAUCAGAGCACUUCGGACGCUCUCUGUAGCGUGCACUCUGAGAAACUCAAACUCUUCUGUCUGGACCAUCAGGAGCCAGUGUGUGUCGUCUGCAGAGAUUCAGGAAAACACAGCGAACACAGAUACAAACCCAUCGAUGAAGCCACUCAACAGCACAAGAAGAAACUUCAGGACACUCUGGAACCCUUGAAGGAGAAGUUAAAGGAUUUUAAAGAAGUUCAAGUAAAGUUUGAUGAAACAGCAGAACACAUUCAGGUCCAGGCGCGACACACAGAGAGAGAGAUUAGGGAGCAGUUUAAGAAGCUUCACCGGUUUCUAGAAGAGGAGGAGGAGGCCAGGCUGUGUGCACUGAGGGAGGAAAAGGAGCAGAAGAGUCAGACGAUGAAGGAGGAGAUAGAGGCUCUGAACGGAGAGAUAGCCACUCUUUCACUCACAGUCAGAGCCACAGAGGACGAGUUGAGAGCCGAAGACGUCUCAUUCCUGAAAAACUACAAGGCUGCGGUGGAAAGAGUGCAGCAGUGCACCCUGCUGGAGGAUCUACAGCUGCCCUCGGGAGCUCUUAUCAACCAGGCCAAACACCUGGGCAACCUGAGCUUCAACAUCUGGAAAAAGAUGAAGGACAUGGUCUCCUACAGUCCUGUGAUUCUGGAUCCAAACACUGCUUAUCCCAAACUCACCCUGUCUGAAGAUCUGAUCUGUGUGAGAGGAGGAGAGGGACAGCAGCUUCCUGAUAAUCCGGAGAGGUUCGGUUUAUUCUGCUCUGUCCUGGGCUCUGAGGGCUUUAACUCAGGGACUCACAGCUGGGACAUCGAGGUUGGAGACAGCACAAACUGGUCUCUGGGUGUGAUAGAGUCUGUCGAGAGGGACAGUUUCAUACACUCUGGAUUAUGGACGAUACUGCUCAGUUUUAAAACAUACAAAGCAUCGUCCACAUCCCAUUCAAACACUGUUCUCUCGGUGAAGACGAAGCUCCAGAGGAUCAGAGUGAAUCUGGACUGUGACAGAGGUGAGCUGUCGUUCUCUGAUCUCGACGCUAACACACACAUACACACCUUCAGACACACGUUCUCUGAAAAACUGUUUCCAUACAUCAGGACUGGGGGGGAACACCCGCUGAGGGUUUUACCGGGGACAGUCUCUGUGACUGUAGAAAAAGAAAUGCCUCAGUGUGAUGAUGAUGAUAAUUUUCAUCUGAAUCUUAUUCUCUGAUUCUUUUACCGUUGUGUCAUCCUCUAGUGGAUACUCGUCGAACUGCAGGAUUUUGCACUUCGGCAUUGGCUUCAAUUUUCAACACCGUAAAGCUGCUUGAUUGUACAGUGAUGUUAUGUGUAUUUUUCAUUUUAGAAAUCAUGUUGACUUCAAAGUAAACUCCUGCACAUUGUCUUACUUGCAAACAAACAUCUAUGGACAAUGUGUCGAUGAUUUAUUUGCCUUUUUUACCCGAUGAAGAUCUAGUGUCGAAGUGUCGCCAAUAAAUGUUUGUUUGCAAGUCAGACAGUGUGCGGGAGUUUAUCUUUAAGUUUUGGAUGGACUCAUUGCUCUCCUACACACCUGUCUUAUUAAAUGGAUGUUCAAAGGGUGGUUUAUUUGGGUAAAUCAUGUUGACCCCAGGAAGAAUGGCUGCUGCUAUGCAAAAGCUAAAGGGGAUCUCAAUCAAAACAAAAAAUAGAGAAUGAAAUGUUGUUUUAGUCUGUCUCAUUUUUCACCUUUUACUAAUCAAUCAAUGUUUCUACACUUGAUCUGAAUCAGGAUUUAUAACUUGUGCUGUGUUGUGUUGAUGUAUUUGAUUUUAACAGAGAAUGAGUUUGUCAUUGUUGUUAAUAAUAAACUAAUCUUUAUUAUUAUUAUUAUUCA